GGUCGAGGGCCCGCGGCGGGUUCGGCCCUCCCGGAGCUGAGGGCGGAGGACGGAGCUGGCGCCGGCGCCUGGGCUGGCUCCCGGCCCCUGCGCUUCGCCUGCCUCCGCGGGGGUGGGGGGCGGUUGCUGUCCUCGACUGGAGUCCUGCCCCGUGCGGAGGUCUCUUUUCUGGGCCAGGUCUUUCACCACCUCAAGCCUGCAGUCAUCUGUGCCGCGUCUUUCUCCCCCUACACCUCGGACCCAGAGUCUUUUUCGUUGGGCCGGGCUCUUUUCUCCCUGGGUCAGCCCCGUCCCCUUUUCUCCUCUCGGGGUGAGCGGCUUGGUCCUUCUGAAGCUCUGUAUGGCCCUAGCAGGGAGGUGAAGUUGGCUGGGGGGUACCCAGGUGCAGUUUUCUGGCGCUGCUCUCUGUGGCCUGUAUGCACUGACUUGUUUCAGAUAUCCUGGGCUGUGUGUUUCUAACUCGGGAAGAAAAAUACUACUGGCUGCAGAGCUGGCAUCUGCUGUGGGAGCUGCUGGAGAAAGGAAACCCAAAACACAGCUGUCCUUGAAGUUGAGGGAUCUGUCUUGAAAAGAGUCAGAAAUUCACCUUGCUCGCAGGCUACCAGCAGACACAUUUGCUGCCCGCAGGCACAAAGUGGGAGUUGAUGCUCUUCUGUCAACGUAGUUCCUCAUGUGAGCCUGGCUGGCCAUGCCCAGGUGUUGACACUUCAGGGUACAGUGGUUUAAAAUGGCAGAGGGAGGUAGAAAUGAAGAAGUGAUCAAGCUGAAGAGCUUCCGCAGUCACAGAGGGAAAGCUAAUAGCCAACUUGACUUCACUGCAGACUGGGUAAACCGCAGGGACGAGGGCCAUAUCAUGAUAUCAGAUUCCUCAGAUGAAGAAUUGCCAUUGCUGCUGGAAACACCAGUGGAACAUCACCAUGAGGAGGAUGAGGAUGAUGAUGUAGUCAUCUUCACAGAGACCCCAAAGCAGCAGCGGUUUGCGCGUCCCAAUGUCAUCAGACCUGCUGUUCAAUGGCAGUGUGCGAACACCGUGGGAGAAGUUGGUUCUAAAAGUGCUGUGGAGUCCCCAAGGAGCAUACAUCUGCAGGACAGCAUCUCUACUCUGCUGUGCCAGGGAGAUCAGUAUAAUCACGUGAUGGAGAGCAGUGCUGGACCAAGCAGGGAUGAGAUUAAGAACGUUGCCUUACAGCAGCCUGGGUCAUCUGAGCUUAAUGGCUCCAGUUUUGAACUUACAAGUAACCAGGAGCCUGGCCCAAGUUUGCUUCCAGCAAUAAAGACAAGUGCACAGCCUGUUGUUAACAGAGACAUCAUUAGUCUGGAGAACGCAGACCUGCCACCACCACAAGAACUAAAAAUGGAAGCCCAGGGGUGGGAAGGAGAGGACUUGAAGUCAGGGCAAAACCUCAGAGGAGCACUGGGAACUACCACAGAGCAGGAGAAGGGCCAGCUGAAUUGCCUGUCCCUCCAGACGCUGGAAGGUGAGACGCAUACUGUAGCAAAUGGUUGUGCUCCUCAGCAAGUGCAACCUGAAGCAGACCCAGAAUCUCUGAGGGUGUAUGGAGAGGAGGCUCCUGGUCCAGCCUUCCCUCGGCCAGAACCACAGCAGGAUGGGAUUCCAGGUCCUGCUUCCCCCCAGCCAGCACAUCCGCCAGAAGAAAUGGGUCAGCAGGCAGUGACAGACAAUGAGCAGCCAGGGCCAGCAUUCCCUGCACAGGACUCUCAUGAACUUGGCUCUAGUAAUGUGCCAGAACAAGGAGCUACUGGGGAGGACCAGGACCUCACUGUGCUGCUCAUCAGAGAGACAGAAGCAAGAUUCCCAGAUGUGCAGAAGGAAUACAUUGAAGAGCUGAUCAGCAUCAAGAACUGCUAUGACUUAAAUGUACUUUGUAACUUUCUUCUGGAAAAUCCAGAUUACCCCAAGAAGGAAGGCAGAGUGGUUUUGAAUCCCAGCAGCAGCCUGCUCGCCAGCCAAGACGAGACAAAGGUGCCUAAAGUGGACUACUUUGACUUCUCCAAGCUCACCCCACUUGAUCAACGGUGCUUUGUCCAGGCUGCUGACCUCCUUAUGGCAGACUUCAAAAUGCUGAGCAGCCAAGACAUUAAGUGGGCACUACACGAACUCAAGGGACACUAUGCAAUCACAAGAAAGGCCUUUUCAGAUGCUAUCAAAAAAUGGCAGGAGCUGUCUCCUGAAACCAUCGGGAAACGCAAAAGGAGGAAAGAAAUGAAUCAGUAUUCAUACAUAGACUUCAAAUUCGAGCAAGGGGAUGUGAAAAUUGAGAAGCGCAUGUUCUUCCUGGAGAACAAGAGACGGCACUGGAGGUCCUAUGACAAGCUGUCUCUUCUCCCACCAGUGCUGCUGGAGAAGGAAUUCUAUGAGCAGAAAGUUAAAGAGAUGGCAGAGCACGCAGACUUUCUCCUUGCUCUGCAGAUGAAUGAGGAGCAGUAUCAGAAGGAUGGUCAGAUGAUAGAGUGCCGCUGUUGUUAUGGAGAGUUUGCCUUUGAAGAGCUAACUCAGUGUGCAGAUGGUCACUUGUUCUGCAAGGAGUGCCUAAUUAAGUAUGCUCAGGAGGCAGUCUUUGGCUCUGGGAAGUCAGAGCUCAGCUGCAUGGAAGGGAGUUGCACAUGUUCAUUCCCCACCAGUGAGCUGGAGAAAGUGCUGCCAGAGAACAUCCUCUGUAAAUACUAUGAGCGGAAAGCUGAGGAGGAGGUGGCUGCUGCCUGUGCUGAUGAGCUUGUCAGGUGUCCCUUCUGCAACUUCCCAGCUCUGCUGGACAGCGAUGUGAAGAGGUUCAGCUGCCCUAAUCCCCGCUGCAGAAAGGAAACGUGUCGGAAGUGCCAGGGGCUGUGGAAGGAGCACAUGAACCUCACCUGUGAGCAGUUGGCUGAGAAGGAUGACAUCAAGUACAGGACGUCCAUAGAGGAAAAAAUGACAGCUGCUAGGAUUAGGAAAUGCCACAAGUGUGGGACUGGCCUCAUCAAGUCAGAGGGCUGCAACCGCAUGUCCUGCCGCUGCGGCGCUCAGAUGUGCUACCUCUGCCGGGCUGCCAUCAACGGCUACGACCACUUCUGCCAGCACCCCCGCUCGCCCGGGGCUCCCUGCCAGGACUGUGCAAAGUGCUCUCUCUGGACAGAUCCCACAGAAGAUGAUGAGAAGAUAAUCCAGGAGAUUCAGAAAGAGGCUGAAGAAGAACAAAGGAAGAAGAAUGGAGAGAACAGCUUCAAGCGGAUUGGCCCUCCUGCAGAAAAGCCCGUGGAGAAAAUCCAGAGGAUUGAAGUCAUCCCCAGGCCUGUUCCUCAGAACCUCCACCAGCCCCGGAUGCCUCCUUACCCCUUCAUGCACCCUCCCUUCCCGCUGCCUCCCGUCCGCCCCAUGUACAACAACAUCCCCCUCAACAUCGGCCCCAUCCCUGCCCCCUACGUGCCCCCCCUGCCCAACAUGAGGGUGAACUAUGAUUUUCCCCAGAUGAACGUUCAGCUGGAGCACAACUUGCCUAUGCACUUUGGCCCUCAGCCCCGGCACCGAUUCUGACCUGGGUCUAACAGCACUUGGCCCCGAGUCACUGCGGGGCAAGGCCAGCCCAGUAACAUCACUCCUUCCCUGCUCCAGACCCUCAGCAGUUUAGCCUGGAGACCUGCUCUGACUUGCACCUUCCUGCACUUGCACCCCUCUCUAGAGCUUCUCUGAACCUUUGCAGUCAAACAUUUCAACCUGUGCUGCAACAGGCAUUGGUGCUGCAUUUCCUUGGGGUCUCUCCCCGUGUUGAGCAUCCAGGUGUUUUGAUUUGACAAAGCCUGUCCUGGCAUCUGUUGGGAGGGAAAGUGAGGCUUUGUCAGCACGAGGAUGCAGCCACUCCUCGGGUACUUCCCAAAAAUCCUACCCUCCCGCUGGCCAGAGCAGCUGCCACACAGUCAAGUGAGUCUUGGGGGAAGGGAGGAGAGACUUGGCAACUAAGACAGCCCUUCAAGAACAAGAGAGCAGGAGAGACAGAGCUCCUGCUCUGCCUGUGGAGAGGCAUGAGACAGGAGUUCCCAUCUUCUCCAGCAUCCCUGUAACCUCUAGCAGCUCCCAGCAGAAUUAAAUGGUUCAAACCCAAGGCAGUUUGAUUUUAGCAUCUCUCACUCUGCAAGUGGAGUGAGGGGACACAGCAGCUAUCUCACUGCUUAAAUCUCGGUAGGAAGCCCAGAGCCCUGUUUUGUUUCAGGGCUUUGGCAAGUAGCAGAAGACUCAGGCACUCUGAUCUUUUACCUGAACUGAACUUCCCCCUUUGAAGGGCUCAGUUUUAUUUUUCUACCCCCCAGAGAUGGGUGCCUCUCAGCUUCCAAAACAUGGCCUUUGCUCUGCUCUUCUCAUCUGGCACCCCAGGGCUCUCCCUGCUUCUGGCAGCAGCCCUCAAACAGCGCUGGGUGCUGCUGGAAGCACGCAGAGCUCGAGCUACAUGCAUUCAUGGCACAAGCUGCUUGAGCACAUGUUGGAUGUGUAGGGAGUGGUGCCUGUGCUGUGUCAGAAAUCUGAGCAGCCACCCCUCCAGUGGUGCAUGGAGGCAGUGGGGAGCCAGGGUCCCCUUUAGACGAACCCCUGUGACCAAACGGGUGGCUGCAGCCCUGUGCUGCAGGAAGCUGGCUACUGGCAAUGUGUGCUUCACUGAGGUGGCUGUGGCAAAGUGUGCUGAAGGCAAACAGGAGCCUUGCUGGCCUUAGGAAGAGAGUUUGGGAAAAGCAAAACUUCCUUGUAAGAAGCAGGGGGCAGUUGCUGGGCUGCAGGAGCGGCGUCGGCGCAAAGCCCUUUCCCCACGGCCUUUGGCUUUGCUGUCUGCUGCAGAAAAUGGUUGGAGUGGGGAAAAAACAAACCCUGCUAGAAAUGCUGGGCUGGCUUUUAGCAGCCCACUGGUGCUGUCCUUCCUUGAGUGCUUUGGUCUGGGCCACAUCCUGCCCUGUCCUGCUGACAGUCCUCCUUGUGCACUUUCCCUCCCGUUAUUCCCCUUGGAGCUUGAGCAUCCAGGUGUCUCUUGGUUUUAUUUCUUUUGUGGGUAGAUCUCCUCUCCUUCUGCCUCACAGCUUCUGCCAAGCUCCUGCUUGCAGGUCUCUAGAGCUGCUUCUGGCACAGCAUCUCCUUGGUGGUGCAGUGAGGGAUGGGCACGGGGCUGUCAGUGGGAUGAAGCCUCCACUGUGGCUCUGGGCAGCAUCUGGGGGCUGCUGUCCCUGGGAGAGACUCCCGGAGGGGACAUCUCUGCUUUUUGGAGCUAAGUCAGCACUUUCUCCCCUCUCAAGCAUUGUCUGUGAGUUGAACACGCCCUGGGGAGUGCUUGGUUCCAGCUCCUCUCUGGCAUUACUACCCAGCUGCUAUUUCCCUGCUGCUUGCAUUUGCUGCUUUUCAUUUUCCUUUAUUUCUGAAGGCUGCAGGAGUUUCUCUUUUGUUGCUUGGCAGGGUUUUAGCCAGUUUAAAUCCUGCCUUGCACCAAGUGUCUCUUGUGGUAUUCAGGAGCAGGGUGUCUCAAUGGGUUUGGGAAGGGUUAUGUUUGCAGGGUUAAGCCUGUGGUGGGGAAAAUGGACCCAGGGCAGAAGAAGUGUGAUUGGCUUCCCCAGGCAGAAAAGGAAUCCUGGGGUCUUAAUAGCCAAGAUCUUGUGGACUCAAAGUCUGGUUUGUAUGAGUCUUCCAGGCUUUCUGAAGCCUUUCUCCAGCAGAGUGGUUAUGAUUGUUCUCCAGUACUUGCCUGUGCAAAGGUAGGUCAAGCAUCCAGGGCACAGCUGAGCUGCUGGACCAGUGGCUCAAAGUACAGAGGGAAAAAAGUGCCACACAGUGCUGAGUAGCUGAGAGCAGUGGCAAAAGUGAUGGCCCAGUCCCAGCUUUUGGUGCUUGUCAAGAGCUGUGUGGGCAAGGAGAGUGUGGCAGAGGGGAGUGUGGAAAUGGAGUGAGAGGGAUGGAGGUGCAUCAGGUAAGGGUAAAAUGGUGUCUGUGGUCCAUCCUUGUGGUUAGGAGUCUUCUGCUGCCGUGGUGCAGCAGUCAUGGUCCUGGAAGAACCUCACAGGGGUAGGAGGAAAGAGGAGCACUGUCCUCCUGUUCCUUGCAAAACCAUGAGCUUGUUUUUGUCUGAGAGAAAAGUCAGUGUUUGGCCUGUGAUGGGGGAGUGCUUGCACCCAGCAGCAACAAAAAAACCCCAAACCUUGCUACCACCCAUGGUCUGGUCUCAAACUCCUACAUCCCAUUUCCCCCUCUCUCCUCAAACAUCAUUUGUCCCUUAAAAGGUGCCAGGAAGGUUGCUGUGCCCGGGCUGAUCCCUUCCUAACAGGUACUUGCUACAGUUUAAUUGCAGUGUCCCAUUUUACUUGCCUUAAAAGGUGGAGAGAGAGAAAACAUGGUAGUAUUUGCACUUAGCAAAGAAAGAAACCCUGUAAAGAGGUGCAUGUUCUGCAACUUUGUAUAACAAUAGCUGAAAAACAAAAUAGGUGGUUUAUUGAAGCAAAACAAAAACCAAACCCAACAAACAAACAAAAAAAGGAAAUGGAAAAAAAAAAAAAACCAACCCCCCCAUAUUUUUCUUUACCUUCUGGUAGUAAACUUGUUCUAAUAAUUCUCUGUGUAAAAAGUUUCCUGUAUUAUACUGUAAUUUUAAUUGGUUUUGUAAAUAAAUUUGUGCACUCUGGCUUUUCACCCCCUCCCA